AUGGCCGUGAAAAUGCAUCUUAGUUUAUUCAUCUUUGCCACAAUUGGCUGCAUUAUGUUGGUAUCUGUGAGUUCAACAACAACUCACGUUGUUGGAGACAAUUUUGGUUGGAAUAUGCCCAGCUACCCUGGUUUCUUCGAGGACUGGGCCAAGAAAAGAACCUUCAGUGUUGGUGACGUACUCCUUUUUCAGUACAACGCGGGGCUAAACACGGUGGUUGAGGUAAACAAAGAGGACUAUGGUAACUGUACUACCAGAAAUACUCUCAAUUCGUUCUUCGAAGGGGACUCGAGUUUUAUUUUGCGCAGGGCUGGGGAUUAUUAUUUUUUAUCUUCAGUUGGAAAACAUUGUGAAGCUGGCCUAAAGCUUUGGGUUAACGUUCAUCAGUAA